CUCGACGGGCCUUCCGCGUUGCGCCGCCACGUUGAAGCCUAAACAUUUGCCCUUCCGUCACACGCCGCACACCUCCUGAAGCGUACAGCAAACCGCGCCCUCUUUGUGGCCUCGUCACUUACAUCACCGCUCGACAUAUCCCAUUUCUUCAAGGCGCUGACCGCACGUCGGCUGGUAUGCAUCUUUGACUCGAAGCGACGAAUCACCGCCUAACUACCUUGCGUUGGUGCCAGCAGCGUGCAUAUGCAAGGUAGCUAGUCCUGCCCGCAUUCCGGUCUGACAACAACUGCCUGAAGCGGCGUCAGCUCCCUAACAAUUUUUGGGAAACCGCAACACACAACCACCACCACCACGAACCAUUAUCGCAUACCUUCACGAUCUAUGCGCCGACAGUGGAAGGAGCCAACAUGCCGUACAACACCAGAAGGAAGUCUUUAUCGCUAAGCGAGCUUGGGAUCAUCGUGCCAAAGCGCUCACGGGCGAUAUCUCAUCCGUCACCGCCAAGUACCGUCGGUGAAGGCGAUGAACCUCCGGUCAAGAGGUGGAAGCGGUCGCAUGGCUCAUCGUCGCCGCCACCUGGUACGCUGGACUUGCCACGAGUGACAACGAUUCGGUUCAAAGAGGAGAAACCAAAGCGCGCUACGGAGCUGUCGCCUCCUCCGUCACCUGCAGUGGAAGGCAAUAACAAGGUCGAUACGGAAGGCAUCAAGGACGACAUCGUCGUGGCAACCAUUCAGCAGCUGGAGAAGACCGGCAAUCGACCGCAUUUGGUUAAGGAGCUUGCUUAUGUGCUUGCAUCGAGCCUGCACUGUGUGGAGAAAUCCGCAAAUCCGGCAGCACUCAUCUCGUCUCGUCUCACAGCUUACCUCCACCGCUCAUGGCCGACCAUCAGUCCAUGUCCUCUGGCAAAGGAUCUAUCACCCGUGCAUCCUCGCAGACUUUACUUCUACUUGACCACGACGCCGCACCAGCCGAUUCCGGAGGUUGCCGAGCCAAUACCAGAACCUAAGCGCAUUAUCUCGCCGUCUCUCUCCUCGGCGUCAGCCGCGGACGAGGAAGACUAUGAGCGCUACAGUCGACAGCGAGCAGCCAUGUCUCCGUCGCCGGAAGUCGACCUCUCAUCUCCUGAGCUAGAGGAUGAGAGUGUGAAUCAACCUCCGUCGCCGGGCCAAUCCUUCUCCGCCCGCAACUCGGUACCGCGUGGCUCUCGCUCGUCAAGCCUGUCGCAUCAAAAGCGCGCUCCAAGUCCGCAGCUUGAGCGCGAAGAGCGCGACUUCAAGCAGACAGCCAGCCAGCUGUACGAGCAAGCACUGCUACGUCGUAAUAGCCAGCAACUCGACGUCAGUAUGGAGGACACGGAUGCUGUACCAGGCGCAGCGCCAGACUUUGCUGAUGCCAGUCCAUCCAUCGAAGAGAGCGAAGAGGUUGUCGCGCGCAAGAACAGCGAUGACGCUGCCGCUUUGUUCGGCCACAUCGACCACCUUAAGCUGCCGUUGGCACAACUGCCGAUGGACUUCAGUAGCCCUGUGAUUCAGCCACAAUCACUGCCUCAGCUGGAGACAGGAGCUUCAUCUCGAAAACUGGAGCGUAAUGGCGACAUCAUUGAACACAUUCCUGAAAACAUUGAGCUGGAUGAACUUGAAGACAUGUUCGAUGCAUACUAA